AAUCCGGGUUCUCUUGCACUUCUUGAACCGAACGCCGAACUACACAUUGGGCCGCACAGAAAUGCAAUCAACAAUCACCCUUCCAAUUUCUACAAUACAGCAUGACUUUGAGGCCGUAAUCUCAGACGUUCAAGAAGGAAUAAUACCCGACGACUCGUUCUGGGUUUCAUUCUACAAAUCUGGUGAACCGUCAGUCCACGGGAAGGUACACUUGACACUGGAUGAAGAGAACCGAGACUUGGUGAGGUUUGAAGGGAGAGGUGGCGUUGUUUUUGAACAUCGUGGAGGACGUGAUUACUAUGUGGCUUGCCCCACUUUGUCUGUCCCGGAAACAAGAGUGGUAGUCCCUUCAAGACAGUACUCCGACCCUCUUCCCAGGUUGGCGUCGGAUCAGUACCGGAAGAUAUAUGCCUUCGACGUAGCUCCUGAUGGCUCUCAAUUUGCAGCAGGUUACGAGAACGGUACCGUAAUGAUCGUUCCUACCACUUCCAGACUACCACCCUCAGCGCACACGACUAGCAAGCCUCAUUUGAACACAAUAACUUCUUUACGAUUCUUCCCUUCAUCUCGGGUUCUACUCACAUCAGGAGUGGACUUCGCUGUCAAUAUCCUCCCAGCAGAAAUCCCAUCAUCUGCACAAUCUUUGACACCCAAACGCAUUACCCCUGUCCGUAGCCUCAAAGGCCAUAGUCGAGCUGUUACAUCCACAGCUGUCAUCUCCAGAGGACGGAAUGUCCUUUCUUCAGGAAAGGAUGGAACACUUCGUCUGUGGGAUGUUCCGUCGGGCAGUCAAAUUCGUUCGAUGGGUGUGUCUGGUUACUCGCCCGUGCUAGCAAUGUGCGCGGGCGAGAGGGCCGAAGGUGCAUUCGCCCAACCUCCUAACGGCGAGGAAAAGAAUGCUCCUGUUCCUUUGGACGAUCGAGAAGUUGAUACAGCAGACAAAAUGGUAUUCUGUGCACUUCAAGAUGGGUCUUUCGAAGUAUUCGAUCUUGGAACCAAGCUUUCAGUAUUCCACUCAAAGCCCCCGAAAGGCUCGACGUCACUUUCGUCCAUCGCGUACUCGCCUUCAGCAAGUCUUCUUGCAACGGGUUCAAGUACUGGUGUCAUCAAUGUAUAUGAUACUCGUGCUAUGGACGCGCCUCUGGCUACUUUUUCUCGCAACAGUGCCAGCAUCGAAGAUCUGGUGUUCUUGUCUGCACAGGGUGGGUCGGUUAGUUUGGUGGUAGGAACUGACGAUGGCCUUCCCUAUAUUGCAGACGUCCGACCAGAAGGACCUGCUGUUCAUGCUGAGUUAGUAGGACCGGAUUGCGAUGCAGUCAGAUGUGUAAGAGUUGGUGCCCAAGCAGGGGAGGUAUGGACUGCAGGAGAUGACGGCAUCGUCAGACAGUAUGAAGGGGCAGGAAUAUAGGAGAAUAAUAUGUGAAUAUAUUGUAUCAUGCAGAUAUGUGUACUGUAUAAGACCUCGUAAGCAACGUUGUUUUCACCUUCAUGUCUUUGGAACGUAUGUGUGUAUUUUCUCAUUGUAAAUGGCGUCAUUCGUAGGGUUUCUGUCAAGAUAUUUCGCGCAAAUGCAGUCAGGGGUAGCGGCUCGUAUUUUCCCGUGGCGCCUCCUUCUAGUUCUUAUGCUCCUGUCUGUGCACGGUACGAACCAAUUUUUGUUUUCUCCAUGCCUCCAUCCCUGCCGCUUGAACUUUCCGAUCGCAUAAUCGACUUUCUCUAUGACGACAAGGCUAGCCUUGCGCAGUGCUCACUUGUAGCACACUCAUGGCUCCCCGCAUCCAGAUAUCAUCUAUUUAGAUGCGUUGAAUUAACUUGCGAGGAUGAUCUCGAGUCUUAUGGAUCAUAUUUCGACAUGGCGCCUCAUGGGGCACUCGACUGUGCGACGGAACUCAGGAUCAUUGGGUCACGCUCACAUCCGGACAGAUGGUCCCCUCAGUGCUGCAUAAUAUUAAAUACAUUGCUCGGAAUCGU